UCCUUAGGGAUAAAUAAGAACCAGGAUUAUAAACGACAGAUUACUUUUAAUCAAGAGAAGUAUUGCUCCUAAAUUUUCAAAUUCAAAUAAAGUUGUGAGUCGUAAUGAUGAUGAUGAUCAAAGUGUUUCACAUGAAAGUAAUGAAAAGGCCCAUAUCUCUAAGAAGUUUUCAGGAAGAAAUUCUCGCUUUAGUAUCCAAAAUCCUACAGGAGAGAACUUGUUGAUUAUGUAUAAUGGGGAGAACCAAAGGUAUUCUACAUUAGAGAUGCGGGACAAGACUCUUAUUAUCCUUGAUAGUAAGCACUCUUUCACCAACAAAUCACUUGCUGUGAGUCCAAAGCCUGUGAUUAUUCAGAAAAGGUCGAAGAAUAGAAAACCUAAAUCUUCACAGAGAAAGUGCCCUCCUCAGUUGCCUAAGGUGCAUGAAAAGAGAGGUUUUAAGAUUAGUAGUAAAAAGACUACCUUCCACUCACGCAUGAAUCAUUUUAAGAAAAACAUGAAGAAAACUACAAAUAUAUAUUUCAGGAAUAUCAGAAAAAGCCAAAAUUUUAAUCGAUCAAUCGAGAGACAUGAAGGGAAGUUGACUAAAUAAGUUAUAUGAGACUCCUAGUGCGAAGAAAAAGAUAAACGUGUCUACUACGAUUGGAAAAUCGAAGAAGAUUAAAUAACAGCAUUAUUACAGAUUUAGCUCCUAAGAAGAACCUGUUUGGGUCUCAGCCUAGGAAAUAAUUUGAAGAAUAAUGGAAAUAUUGAGCUUCCUAACAUUAAUGAAAACCAAAAUCUCAAGGCUUGGCUUAACCUGAUGUUUCCUCUUUGAAUCGCUCGUUCAUUUCAAGGAUGUAGUAACUGAAAUUGUGCAACAGAAGAUUAUACUGAGAAUCAGCAUUUACCUGAGAAAUGCGAGCAUUUUAAAGUCAGUUCAGAUGGGUACUGAAAUUCGUGUAGCACAAAGGUAUCUAAGCCAGAAAAAACUACAGAAGCCAAGCCAGAUUUAGGGAUCAAAAUACUUGAGCCCCAGGUGGUCAAUGAGAAGCCAAGUUCUCCCUUCCCGAAAUAUCGAGAUGUACACUCUCAGUCACAGGAUGAUGCGGAGAUCCAUAAGAAUUUGAGGAGAAAUUUUCAGGAAGGAGUAAUCAAUAAUUUUGGUGCAAAUCGAGAAAGACAUCAAAAAUUUAAAUUCAAUAGGGAGAUAACCGCAAAGUUCAUUGACCCAGUAGAAACCUCUGAAGCUGACAAUAAAGGGACAGAAAGAGAUAGUCUUGAGAUAAAAAUGGAACCCAGUGAGGGUCUCUCCCCAGUACCAUGUAAAUCUGAAAAUCCAACGUUUGUGAAAUAUGACAGUAUAAAGUUCCAGGAUAACAAAGUGACCGCUAUGAAUACUUUUAUCCCGAAUAAUGAGAGAAGUGACAUUCAAGUGCCGAAUGACAUUCAAAAAUCAAAUACAACCAUUAAGAAUCCCAAAGAAGUGAAAAAGGCUAAUACUUCAUCAGACAUGCGCUUGAUGGUGACUGAUGAAGCAGAUAAUCGGACUAUUGAGAAUAACUAUAACUUUGAUAAAGAAAAUGAAGGUGCAAGGAACUCUAUUAUAAAGAUGUCUGAAUCCUUGACCUCCAGCUCAGAGUUCCACUCUGAAGACUUCUCUAAGACAACAGAUAUGAAUGGAAUGAAAGACAAGAUUCUUAAAUCAGAUAGCUUUGAAGAAAGUAGUAGGAAAAGAGGCUUAAGACCACUAGCAACAUUUAAUCAAAGAGAAGAGGAGAAGAAAGAAGUAGUUCCUUCUAGAGAGCAGGGCGCUGAUCCUAACCAGACAGAUUUAGAUGGUGCGAGGGACACCAAUGACACUAUGGAUUUGAAGCCAAAAAUUGUCCAAAUCCUGGAAAUCCCAUCUGAGAAUAAUUUACCUAAACCUGAAGAUUCAGAACAAAAGCAAGAAAUAGAAGAUUCAGAAAGUGAAGAUAACUUCGAUUUCACCAAACUAUUUGCUGCUCGGAAUGAAGUGAAAAAGAUAAAAUUCAGAGCUUCAAACUGCCUGAGUCCAAGAUCUUACGUAAUUCUCAAGUGAGUAGAAGCUAGGACGGAUGAAGAGUCUGACUAACCGACUCAGUGUAAAUUCCCUACCAAAGCAAUAUGAAGGAAUUCUUUAAAUAUUAUUAAUAGAGCAAUUAUAAAUG